UCGUGACGUGUGUGAGUGUGCGUGCGGCGUGUGGGAGCGCGUUGCCGGAGAAGCAAGAGGUGCGCUAGUGCGCCGUUGCUUGUGGAGGGGGAGGAGAGUGUAGUAGGAGAACAACAACGUGGUGGACGAGUGUUAAGCGUGAACGGAAGCCACCAGGAUUACGCCAAAUCGAGGAAAUAUGAGCAUUGCUGCCCUACUGGAAGCCGCCGAGUACAUUGAACGAAGGGAAAGAGAAGCUGAACAUGGCUACGCUUCAACUAUGCCAAUAUCCGAUGAUAUGCGGACGAUUACAAAGAGGCCAAAGACGAAGAAGUCUCAAGGCAGCAGAACGACUCAUAACGAGCUAGAGAAAAAUAGGAGAGCUCACCUUAGAACUUGUCUCGAAAAGCUCAAGUUGUUGGUACCACUUGGGCCCGAAACGUCAAGACACACCACGUUAGGCCUUUUGACCAAGGCUAAGCGUUUUAUUAAGAGUCUGGAGGACCGCGAGCGCAAAAACACCUUACACAAGGAACAGCUGUCGCGUGAGCAGAGGUAUCUGAAACGGCGACUCGAGCAGCUGGCGAGCCAGACCGGCUCCUACGGUUUCCAUGUUCUUCACAAUUUCCACGGACUUAGCACGAGUGCGCCGAGCAGCUCCUCCACCGCCGCCGCCGCUGCUGCAGCUUCAGCAGUGAUGUUAUCGAAACGGCGCAGUAUCUCCGAGUGCUCUCUCGGUACUGCGUCGACUAGCUCCGCUGGAAGCUGCAGGAACUCGGACAGGUCUACGGGUAGUCCGUCUGUUUCGGAGUCCGAUGAAGUUGACGUAAUUGGUUACACUAGCAACCAAUCGGACACUGACGAUCACAGUAGCGUACAGAGUAGUUGUGAUAGCGGUGUCGCAAUGUCCACCUCCAUUCUUUCCGAGAUGAUGGACAAUCUUUAGAUAAACAUGCGGCGCGAUGAAAGAAGUGACUGAAGAAAAAAAAAGAGAACACAACAAGGGAGGGGAAGAUACAGCGAAAAGAAGAUCCAUCAAGGCGUAUGAAAAUUGACGGCGUGUGCGAGAUAUCAUAUAUAUUCUAACAUAUAUAUAUAUAUAUGUGUGUGUAUGUGUGUGUAUAUAACACACAUAUACGUAUGUAUAUAAUACAUUUAAAUUUAGUAGUCAUAAAAUUUUGUCCUUCCAAAAUGGUCUGGUUUAACAAAGCAAAGUUUCGAAGAAAAACAAAAAGUUCUUCAGGCGUUGCUUGAGUUUUAGAGAAUGGAAGAGAGAUUUCAAAUAUCGGAAAAUAAAUUCGGAUAAAGCUCGAUUCACACGUUAUUACGCGUUGUGGCAACGUUGCGUCACGUCGAAAUAUUCUUUGAGACAUUAACGCUGCAUUACAGCAACGUUCGCGAACCGUUACAGGCCAUUUACGACCGAUCGUCAUAGUCCGAGUUCAAGUUUAUCUUAUGAAAUUAUAUCAACCGUUUCUUUGAAACCGUUCGUUUGAAGAGAAACUUAAGACGAGAUCUUAAAUAGAAGUUCCGACUAUGAAUAUCGGCCUGGUGUGAAAAAAUUUGAUGGUUCGUUGACGUGACGGCGACGUGACGUUUCCUAAAGUGUGAAUCGAUUUUACCGCAGAUCAUAAUGCAGAAGAGAAAAAAAACACCAUUCUGUUAUAUCAGUUAUAGCAUGCAAUAUGAAAAAAGAAAAAGAAAGGUCUUCGAUAUCUUUAUUGAAAUCUGCAAUCCGAGGAAGACUAAAUCGAAAGAAAACAUGUAGCAAUUAAUCCGCAAAAAAAAAAAAAAAAAAAA